AUGAAAACAUGCAACAACUGUAUAAAUAACGUCAUCACAACAAAUGGCAAUUGUUUAAUUGAAAGUAAUUGCAAAUACCAGCUCACUCAUAACGACCAGACUGUCUGUUUGAUCCACAACAAUAACACACAAGAAGGCAUCAAAGCCAACAACUGCAAAUACACACAAAACGAGUUUUGUUAUUUGGCAAAUGAAAGAUAUAGCACAACACUUAACACAGAUGGUAAUACUGCAAGUUGCGACAACGCAAAGAUUUGUCAAAUUGUAAAUGGAUAUAUAAUCAAUAUAUCAUGUAAAAGUGAAUUUGUGAUGACAACGAACGGUUUGUGUUCACAAGACUUUAACUGCGCAAAUUACAGUGGAAGUGUGUGCACAACAUGUCAACAAAAUUAUCACAUUGCAAGUGGUGGAUGUGUUUCCAAUAACAACGAGUGUGUGAUUCAAAACAAAGAAAUUUGCAUUUUGUGUAGCAACAACAAAAUAACAGUUGAUGGGAAGUGCGUUUUAACAGAUUCAAUUAUUUGUAAAGAAUUUGUUGGAAAUGUUUGUACUCAAUGUGACGACGAUCAUUACAAAGACACGACUGGGUGUUUGCCAAAACAAGAGAAAUACCCAAAUUGUGAGCACUUGAGUGUUGUGUCAUCGUCUUGUCUGGAGUGCAACAAAUCUCAUCUUCUUGUUGACAACAUACAACUGCAUGUUGAGAAGUUCAAAGGGUGUUUGCGUUGUGGUGAUGGGUAUUAUAUAUUUAACUCACUUUGUGUGAAAUGUGAGUAUCCCUGCACACACUGCUCCAAUUUGACGUAUUGCACAAAGUGUGAUGCGUACUUGUACACCAAGAAUGGCAAGUGUUUUGAAAUCAAUGAGAUACUGAGUGUGUGA